UCAAGUUCCUCCCGUAAAGAUGGAAUUUUUGAUUCACUAAGGUAUCGAAAAUCCAUGGUACUAUUGAAGAGUUGAUCCGAUUAUUCUUCGUCUUCAAUUUCAGUGCAUUUCUGUAAGUUCGCUUUAGUUUGCAUGUUCAAGGAUUCGCUUCAAUUUUCGAUCGGUGUUGGAGUCUACUCUCUGAAACUGAUUUUUUAAGAUAAUAGUGAAAAAGGGUUGUCUUUGGAUUUGAGAAAUUGUUUAUGGAUAGAAUCAGUAGUCUACCAGAUGAGAUUAUUUGCCACAUUGGGUCUUUCCUUUCUGCAAAGGAGGCUGCUUUCGCUACGGUUCUCUCGAGCCAGUGGCGAAAUGAGUUUACCAUCAUACCAAAGCUUCAUUUCGAUGAUGAUGAUGAUGAUGAUGAUGAUGAUAGAGAGAAAUUCAAGGAUUUCGUUGAUCGAGUGUUGGCUCUACCAGUCAGUUGCCGUGUAAGGACAUUCUCUAUAAAAUGGAACCAUGUGGCUGCUCAACAAGAUGAACAGAUCAACCGUUGUCUCUGCCAUGUUCUGAAGCGUGGUGUUUUGGUUCUUGAACUCCAGAUAAGUGUCCUUAGAGAAGGAUAUUACUCACUGCCUUUUGAUGUUUUCACUUGCAAGACAGUUUCUGAGAUGAAACUAGGGUCUGGUUUCGUGGUCGAUUUUCUCCCUGCGGAUGCUUCUCUUCCGGCUCUCAAGACGCUCUUUCUUGAUUCUGUUCAGUUCCACGAUUCUGGUGGUCGUUGCGCGUUCAAAACGCUUCUCUCCGCGUCCCCUGUGCUUGAGGAAUUAGUCAUGGAUGGUAUCGAGUUGGAACGUUGGAAAUGGUCUUGCACCGUGUCCAGUCCUACCCUUCAGAGACUCACUAUACGACGUAGAGAGUGGUAUUCUUAUGAUGCACCUUACGUUAAACUGGAUUCUCGUUGUCUUGCCUAUGAUUUUGACAGCGUUAGUUUGGUUACUCCGGGUCUAACCUACUUGGAGUACUCUGAUUAUGUUCCUAAGAAGUAUCCAAUUGUUGAUCUCAACUCCCUUGUUGAAGCUAAACUCUUUCUUUGUGUGGACCAAGAGGAUGUAUGGAGAGAGGAACAUGCAGAUAAUUUCGAUCCUAUGAAUCUGAUUACUGGGUUUAAAAAUGUUGAGAUCUUGGACUUAACUAUUGAAGCUGUGGAGAUGUUUUAUGUCUUCCAUGAAGCAGUCCCAGUGUUUGAAAAGCUGGUUCGGCUAUCUCUUGGCCUUUCUAACUUCUGUUGGUUUUCUGUAUCAACUGUGUUAAAGAAAUUUCCAAAUCUAAAGACUCUUAUCAUCAAGGAUUCUUUGCACUAUGGAGAAAGAGAAGAUGGAUGGAUUUGCCAGUGCGUGUCAGAGUAUUCUUUCUUACUGUCUUGUCCUGUGGAGGUCCUAAAGAUAAAAGAGUAUAAUGGUUCUAUCGAAGAGCUGGAGCAAGUAAAGCAUUUCGUGGAGAAAAUGUCAUGUCUUGAGCUCGUGGAAGUUCAUGCUCAGGUCGCAGGUGACAAAAAGCUGCAAGUCAUGGCGGAUCUGCUAAUGCUUCCCAGAGGUUCGUCAAAGUGCAAGAUCCAGGUCAAGUUUUCUCGAAAACGUUACUCUAAUCCUUUGCUUUAAGUCUUUUGGAAAGACUGAUCAUUAGAAUGCAGUCUAGUUAGCAUGAUGGAACCAAUCUAAUUUAAAGAUUAAUCUUUUG